AUGCCUCCAUUGUCGGCAUACACUUCGUUUGAGUCGCUGCUCUUCUUCCAGUCGCUAGCGAUCUCGGAAACCGCACCAACAAGCUUUGGGUCCAUCUCAGAGCUCUUGCGCAAUAACCCGUUAGUUCGUGAGAAUGUCGAAUUCAAUGCGGAUCGCCUGACACCAGAGGCGCUGGAAGACCUGUAUGCGACUCUGAUGCGCGAUGGGUUUAAGAAAGAGGCCGUACUUCCAGUCAAUGGUCGACCGACAGAGACCUUGAGCCCGCCAAACCCGAAGAAACGCAAGAUAUCGAGCCCGCGACCAGAGGCAUUAGCUGCCGGGGCUUCACAUGCCGCGCUUAUUCCCGAAUUGGUGGCACACUUGUACGCCAAAUACAGAGACCUUGUGACCAGAGAAAUCAGGGACGAUGAGAAGCAGUACACCGAGAUCAGAGCGGAACUGGAGCGUUUACAGAAGGAGGACGAGCAACCCACAGAACCGACACCAUCCAGGCCUGCAAAGGUAGCACACACGGAGCUCACGGAUAUUGAUGUAAAAGAAGAACACCUCGGCCAAAAUAUACAAGAUCGGACAAGCAAGCCUCUUGCAGCUACGGUUCCGCACGUGCAGGACAAGCCAGCUCCACCAGAACCGCGACCACAGCGUAUUGAGGUAAAUGUGCCUCCUCCAAGUCAAGACAUCCCGAAGGCCCAGCCAGCUCCUGUGAGCCAACCACAAGUUCAACCACAAGCGCAGACUCCUGCGCCCAAAGCCCCAGGGGCUGGACAGCCACAACCACCGGCCGCCAAUAUCCAAGCCUUGGCAAAACCGCCUGUUCAGCCCCAGCUUGCUCCCUCUGCUCAGAAGCCACCUACCACACCCGCUGGAGCGCGUAUAACACCGGCUCAUCCUUCGCAAAUCGCACCUCGCGCCCACCCUACGCCUACACCCCUCUCUAGCAAGCUUGGUCCUGCACUCCCGCCGGCGCCUCAGCGCACUCCAGCACAGCCGAGCUUCCAGCAAUGGCAACUCGACCCUUCUCCACACUCUACCUACUCCGCUAUUUCUCCGGGCACUGCUACUCCCCAAGCAGCUCAAGCCAAUAUUAAACGACCUGUUCCACCUCUCUCCGCCAACCAACCAGCACCAGGAUCGCAGGCUCCUGUAUCAUUCCAAUCUCCUUUCCCAAGUACACCUGGUGCGGUUUCUGCUGUACAAACCCCCGUCCCAAUCGGCCGGCCCCGCAUCUCUCAAACACCAAGUUCCACAUUCCCUUCAUUCUCUGAAUCGCGUGCUUCUCAUCCGCGGCUCUCCAUUGACACGCAAGGCUCUUCAACGCCAUGGAAAAGGACUCCUCUUCUAAGUAUUCCGAAGUCCCCACCCACACCUCCACGUCCACUGCCUGAGGAUGUCAGCCCGAUCAGUGACAGGGGGCAAUCGCCAAUCGAUGCGAUGGACAUGUCACCUCCUCCAAGGCUGAACCGCGCGCAACGAGCCCGAUCCCCCGAGGACAAGAAACCUCGGCGUGGCCGUGCUGACAGCAAGUCCGCUGCUAAUGUCAAGAUUGAGAAAUCGGAGAAACCAGCUUCGACCCGAAGGACUCGUGCUGUGAGUUCGGUCUCGUCCCAGAGUCGUGGACGAUCCCUGGCUUCCCGUGGUGAAUCCCCUAUUCCUUCAGAGCGGACAACGAGCCGCCGCAAGGGUGCGGCUGCUACUGUGAACGAAGAUACCCCCAAAGCUCGUUCCAAGCGCAAGCGCGGGCCAAGUGAAGCUUUAGAACAAGAACCCCACCCUUCCGAUAUUCCGAAGUUUGACACAACCCAAUAUGUCAUGGCCACGCGCAAUUUCCACCGAACUGCUGCUCCUAUCAUGAAUGAUGUAUCUACUCAUAAGCUCGCCUCCAUCUUCAGCAAGCCAAUUGGCGAGCGUGACGCACCUGGCUACCACGACCUCAUCUACCGCCCACAAGAUCUCAAAUCUAUUAAAUCUGCCGUCCAUCAGGGCAGCAAAGCAGUCGCUACGGCCGCCGAAUCCGUCAGUACCCCUGCCGGAGAUGGAGAGUCUCCUGCUCCCGGCAGUACACCGUCGUCCAAGAAUGGCCUUCUUGUGUUGCAGAAGAAUGAAGAUUUCGUACCACCAAAGGGAAUCGUCAAUUCCGCACAAUUGGAAAAGGAAUUCAUCCGUAUUUUCGCCAACGCCAUCAUGUUCAACCCCAUCCCCCAGCGCGGAUUCGGACCUGCUUUCCCCAUGACCAGUGACCGUGGCUCACGCGAAAGCACUCAAAUGGGCGAUAGCGACGAGGGUGGUAUUAUUCAUGAUUCACUGGAGAUGUUCGGAGAUGUCGAGCAAGCUGUCACUAGGUGGCGUGCUGCUGAGCGGACUGCGGACGAACUAGCCAACAAGAACAUUCUUUCCCUUCGUCGUGGCAGCGCCAGUGAUUUCAACACUGACAGUACCGAUGAUGUGAAAGGCUGA